AGACGCUGUCGGUCCCAGGUCAAAGUUUUGGAAAACACUGAAUGGAGGACAAAUCGAGAGACUCGCAGCUCCCAGGGCUGCCGCUGCUACUCGUGGGUAGUAGUGGGGCUGUUGUGUGGCAGUGCGCAUGAGCAGGAAGAGGUAGUGGAGCCUAGGACUGAGUGUCUGUCAAUUACACACAAACAUGAACAAGCUGAAGUCCUCACAGAAGGAUAAAGUUCGUCAGUUUAUGAUCUUCACACAAUCUAGUGAAAAGACUGCAGUGAGUUGUUUAUCUCAGUAUGACUGGAAAUUAGAUGUUGCCACUGACAAUUUUUUCCAAAAUCCAGAACUUUACAUUCGAGAAAGCCUAAAAGGAGCAUUGGACAGGAAAAAGCUAGAACAGCUCCACAGUAGAUACAGAGAUCCUCAAGAUGAUAACAAAAUUGGCAUAGACGGGAUACAACAGUUCUGUGAUGACCUGGGGCUCGACCCAGCUAGUAUAAGUGUACUGAUAAUUGCGUGGAAAUUUAGAGCAGCAACACAGUGCGAAUUCUCAAAGCAAGAAUUUAUGGAUGGAAUGACAGAGCAAGGGUGUGACAGUAUAGAAAAGCUAAAAGCACAAUUGCCAAAAAUGGAACAAGAGUUAAAAGACCAAGGGAAAUUUAAGGAUUUUUAUCAGUUUACAUUUAACUUUGCAAAGAACCCUGGGCAGAAAGGACUAGAUUUAGAAAUGGCAAUUGCCUAUUGGAAUUUAGUACUUGCAGGAAGAUUCAAAUUCUUAGACCUGUGGAAUACAUUUUUAUUGGAACACCAUAAAAGAUCAAUACCGAAAGAUACCUGGAACCUCCUCUUAGACUUUAGUACAAUGAUAGCUGAUGACAUGUCAAAUUAUGAUGAGGAAGGAGCAUGGCCAGUCCUUAUUGAUGAUUUUGUGGAGUUUGCACGACCUCAAAUUGGGACAAAAAGUACUGCAGUCUAGCGCUGUGGAACCUUCUCCUUGAAUGUACAUAUCUUGUACAAAAAAACAUAACCGAAAUUGCACAGUCAAUAAAACGCUGAUGACUGCACUGAGCUGAAGAUCAAUCCUUCCAUUCUAUACUGAGGGUUGACAACAUAAAAGACAUUCAGAGGCAUAUCUUACCAGUCAUCUAAUGGUGGUUUGGGCUUCUAUCUUUAGUAUGGGCCUCCUUUUGUAAUUAUUCCAACCAGCUGGAGUUCAUUCACUGUUUUGGACCAUCCUUGCAUAUUGUUUUACUAGUCUUAGGUCUACGCUGUUUGUUUUGAAGCAACCAUUAUUUAUAUGAAGCACAACUCUGUCUUAAUCAGAACACAAGAGUCUGUUAAUGAAUGUCACAUACCUUAAGUUCUUCCUUUUAGUGCUCUUAAUGCUUUCUUGCUUUGGUUUUCCUCCCUCUCAUUUAUUAUAAAAUCUUUGGCAGUGACAGAUCAGUACAGAUUGUUUUUUGGUAGUUUUGUUUUAGAGUUUUCCAGGCUUAAACAAAUAGUUCUUAUCUGACAAUGAAAGAUAAUUUGUGUGGAUAAUCAUUCAAUAGCCACACCUAAGUUAAUCGUAGCAAUGACCAUUGAAUGGUUACUAAAGAUUACACAUUUGUGCUUGUCUGCCACUAAUGGGACAAUGGCCUGUAAAUGAUUGAUAUAAUUCAUACUAAUAUCAUGUGUUUUAAUUUCCUGUCUAGUCUACUUGAUAUAUUCAAAUGAUCAUUAUACAUUUGUACCUUUUUUUAGAAUAUUCUUUUUGCAAAAGAAAAAAAAAAAACAAUGCUGUUUUGAUAUAGCGCCUGCUGCUAAAUAUUAUGAAAGUGUGAUUCCUUGCACAGUUAUUUAAAAUGCCACCUGCUGAAUCAAAACAGUAUUGUAACCAUUGUACUUUAAGAAAAUAUUUCUUAAAGGGACAUUCUCCCCAUCUAGCGUUUUAUAAAGAUUUAAGACCCUUGAGUAACUGAUCAAAAGAUCUUUGAUCUCUUAUCUGCACACUCUUAAUACCACAACGUCUUUCAUUUACAAAUAAGUGACUGAACUAUUGUGUUUUAUAUAGUUUUUUCAGGCAUCAAAUGCAAGAAUAAAAUAAUGUUGUCCAAAUGUUUAUGUACUGACAAUUAUUUUCUAUUAAGUCUUCAUACAAUUGUCUUUAUUGAACAUAGGCAGGGGAGGAUGUCCACUAAAGGUGAAAGCCAAAACAGUCCAGAUUUAUCAUAUUUACUUCAUUUUUAGGUUCUUUUCUACACUUAUUUAUAAUGGAAAUAAAUUAUAUAAGCAGUACAAAAGUUGAGGCAAAAAUGGAUGAAAACUAAUGAUUCUCUUGAAGUUUACCAAUCCCAAUUGUGUAUCCUAAAGAGGACUAUUUUGUACUAUAAAAAGCAAACACUAUAGCUUUUAAUGAAAAAAUAUUUGUUCAAAAAAAAAAAAAAAAAAAAAAAAUGCGAAGAGCUAUAUUCUCAUGAACUGACUUCACUGGAAAUCCAAAAUGCGAGUAUUUCAUGCACUAUUACUGAAAGUUCCUGGAAAAUUUAAAUGGCCUGCUUACUGCCAAACUGCAUACAGAUUUCAGAUUGAAAGUUUAAAGGUAUUAUUUUUCUUACUGUAUAUCUUGUAGAGCAUUUGCAGUUUUGGUAACUUUGAAGUAUUUUUUUCUGUUUUACUGCCAUUCAAAAAUUAUUUAUUUUCCUGAUUUUAAAAAAGGAGGUAAAAAAAUAUUCCACCAGGAUUUUUGGAUGACAGAAUGAAAGGAUGUUUACAAAGCCUAAACUCAUUAAUGUGUCAGUCCGACUCGAGAAUUAAUAGAAAAACUCAGAGUGCUACUGUAUUGUUAUAAUUACUAUGUAAUUAUAAAAUAAAAAUGACUGAAGGUUGAAAUCUU